ACACGCAGGCAGCUCCGAGGACGGACUCGCAGCCCCGGCUCCACCAACUGCCGCCAAGACGCGGAGGACCCGACCAGUCGCCUCAGGCCGCAAGGCCUUCGGGGAAAUAUAGUCCGGACCAGACCCACAUUCGUAUUGGCGGGUUGAUGGGUAGAGGGCGGGGCGAGGGAACAAGGGACUCUUGUGAUUGGUGGGUCGGUAUCUCAGGCGGGACGUCGGCUGGGAGUCCAGCGAAGGAGGUGAAACGCCUUCUUUCCUCCCAUUGGUUGAAUCGCCCGGGAGGCGGAGCUAACUAGCAAACAGGGCCCUAGAGCGGAGGGCACUAAACAACGGAGGGACGCAGUUGUGACGCACUUCCGGCGCGCUAGGCGAGGGCGAUGGCUGCGUCCCAGCAGCAGGCUUCAGCGGCGGCGUCUGCAGCUGGUGUGUCGGGUCCGGGUUCGGCUGGUGGCCCCGGUCCCCAGCAGCAGCCGCAACCGCCGGCACAACUGGUGGGGCCUGGCCAGAGCGGACUUUUGCAGCAACAGCAACAGGACUUCGAUCCCGUGCAGCGCUACAAAAUGCUCAUCCCUCAGCUGAAGGAGAGUCUACAGACCUUGAUGAAGGUUGCAGCACAGAACUUGGUUCAGAACACUAACAUUGACAACGGACAAAAGAGCAGCGACGGACCCAUACAGCGCUUUGACAAAUGUCUGGAGGAGUUCUAUGCACUUUGUGACCAACUGGAGCUUUGUCUGCGCCUGGCACAUGAGUGCCUGUCACAGAGUUGUGACAGCGCCAAGCACUCUCCAACACUCGUGCCCACGGCCACCAAGCCGGAUGCAGUGCAGCCCGACAGCCUACCCUACCCGCAGUACCUGGCGGUCAUCAAAGCCCAGAUUGCCUGUGCCAAGGAUAUUCACACGGCCCUUCUGGACUGCGCCAACAAGGUCACAGGCAAAACACCUGCACCCCCAACAGGCCCUGGGGGCACACUGUGAGCUGGCUGGGUGGGGA